GCCCUUCUGUAUUAAAAAAAAUACGGAAUUCCAGUGAUGCUUCAGCAAAGCUUCAUCUCCCUUGUCAGUCUGUCUGAUCCAGCGUUACUGGAGGUAAUUGACUAACUAAAGCAGCAGGGAUUUUAAUCGGUAACAGUAACGGCAAAUGAACACAGUGUUACCCCGAGGGGCAGGGUCGGGACGGACACACCUCCGCUGUUUAACCUCCAGCACCGCGGUGACCCGGGCAGCGGCGCGGCUGAGGAGGGGGGCGGCGGCGGGGCAGCUCCAGACCGGCCCCGGCGGCACCGCCGACACAUCGGGGCUGUGCCCGGGCAUUGCCGAGCCCGAGGGGCUGUGCCCGGGCAUUGCCGAGCCCUCAGGGCUGUCCUAGUGGCCGUGAGGCUGUCUCGGGGGCCGGGGCACUGCCGGCCGUGAGGCUGUCCCGGUAGCCGUGAGGCUGUGCCGGGGUCCGUGAGGCUGUCCCGCCGGCCUUGAGGCUGUCCCGAGGACCGGGGCACUGCCGGCCGUGAGGCUGUGCCGGUAGCCGUGAGGCUGUGCCGGUAGCCGUGAGGCUAUGCCGGUAGCCGUGAGGCCGUGGCGGUAGCCGUGAGGCCGUGCCGGUAGCCGUGAGGCCGUGCCGGUAGCCGUGAGGCUGUCCCGCGGCCGGCCCGUCGCCAUCGCGGCUCGGAGCGGGGGCCGCGCCGCUUCCGCCGGAUGUCGCCGCGAGGGCUCGGCACCGGGGAGGCGCGUCCUGCCCGAGCGGCGCCGCGAUCGUCGCUGCUGCUGCUGCUGCUGCCCCUCCCGCCUUCUCCUCCUCCUCGUUGUCCUCAUCCUUCCCCUCCUCUUUCUCCGCGCCGCCUGCGGCCCUGCCCCUCCCCGCCCGCCGCCGCGGCUGUGGCUGACAGGAUAUGUAACAUGACACUGAUAUUCUGGACAGUUUAUCAUAGGAGCCUCUGUGAAGCUGUUUUUUUGAAGUAAUGCCAAUAGAAAGUGGAAGCUGUGCAUCUGCUCGCCAAGCAAAGCAGAAACGUAAAUCACACAGCCUUUCCAUCCGAAGGACCAACAGUUCCGAGCAGGAGCGGGCGGGACUGCAGAGAGACAUGUUGGAAGGGCAGGAUUCUAAGUUACCAUCUGCUGUCCGGAAUACACUCCUUGAACUUUUUGGACAAAUAGAACGGGAAUUUGAAAACCUGUAUAUUGAAAAUUUGGAAUUGCGAAGGGAGAUUGAUACGCUGAAUGAGCGCUUAGCGGGUGAAGGACAGACAGUUGAUGGUGCUGAACUGAGCAAAGGACAACUGAAAACAAAAGCGAGUCAUAGUACCAGUCAGCUUUCUCAGAAAUUAAAGACAACUUACAAGGCAUCUACUAGCAAGAUUGUAUCCAGUUUUAAAACUACAACAUCAAGGGCAAUCUGUCAACUGGUAAAGGAAUAUGUUGGCCAUAGGGAUGGUAUUUGGGAUGUCAGUGUCGCGAAAACUCAGCCAGUGGUGUUGGGAACUGCAUCUGCUGAUCACACUGCUUUGCUGUGGAGCAUAGAAACAGGGAAGUGCCUUGUCAAGUAUGUAGGGCAUGUUGGCUCAGUAAACUCCAUAAAGUUUCAUCCCACCGAGCAAGUGGCUCUCACAGCAUCUGGGGACCAGACAGCUCACAUCUGGAGAUACAUAGUACAGUUGCCUACACCUCAGCCAACUGCAGACUGCAAUCAAGUGUCUGGAGAAGAUGAAGUUGAAAUCUCGGAUAAAGAUGAACCUGAUGGAGAUGGAGAUGGUUCCAGUGAUUGCCCCACUGUCAGAGCCCCGUUAACUUCACUGAAAAGCCAUCAAGGAGUGGUCAUAGCAGCCGACUGGCUUGUUGGGGGGAAGCAAGCUGUGACAGCAUCAUGGGACAGGACAGCAAAUUUGUAUGAUGUAGAGACUUCUGAACUUGUCCAUUCUCUUACAGGGCACGACCAAGAGCUCACGCAUUGUUGUACACAUCCCACCCAGCGCCUCGUGGUGACGUCGUCCCGCGACACCACCUUCCGCCUGUGGGAUUUCAGAGAUCCUUCUAUCCAUUCUGUGAAUGUCUUUCAGGGCCACACAGACACUGUGACAUCUGCAGUUUUCACUGUGGGAGACAAUGUUGUUUCUGGUAGUGAUGACCGUACAGUAAAAGUCUGGGAUUUGAAAAACAUGAGGUCUCCUAUUGCAACGAUCCGCACAGAUUCUGCAGUCAACAGGAUUAACGUGUGUGUUGGCCAGAGAAUCAUCGCCCUUCCCCACGACAACCGGCAGGUGCGGCUGUUCGACAUGUCGGGGGUGCGGCUGGCACGGCUCCCGCGCAGCAACAGACAGGGGCACAGGAGGAUGGUGUGCUGCUGCGCCUGGUGCGAGGACCAUCCCAUCUGCAACCUCUUCACCUGCGGCUUUGACCGUCAGGCCAUCGGCUGGAACAUCAACAUCCCUGCUUUGCUACAAGAGAAGUGAACUGCCGAGAGAGUUUCUGCCUUUGUGUCGCCGUGGACUUCUACACCUGGGCAGGCUUUUCUGAGCACUGGUCUGCUGUCGCUGUAAAAGCUCCUCCGUGAGGGGAGACCUGAGCAAGUGUUGUUCUCGUUACCACAUUGUGCACAGUUUGCAUGGGUUGUACAGAGAAAUGUGAUUUUUUUAAAAAUUAGUUUGUCUUGUGUAUGAACUUUUAUAUUUUGGCAUCCACUGGUCAAUAU